AGGUGGGAGAAGGAGGCUAGGGAUGUCCAAGGGGCGGACGACCAAGCCCUGAUCGCCAUGCUCCAAGCUGCACUCCCCCAAGGGGAUGUGCGUAAGGAGCUGCGACGGAAUCCUCUCUCGACCUAUCAAGAGAUGUUGGCCAGGGCGAAGUACCUGGCGCUGGAAGAGGAAGAUGAUGAGCCACCAGUCCGGAAGGAGCAUCCUGUUCACGCGGUACAGUCGUUGCCGGCCCCUCCUCAUGGUCGGGAAAGCUAUGGUGUGCAAGAUGCACCCAAAUACUGCGAGUACCACCGUAACAGCACCCAUAACACGUCGGAGUGCGUUACGCUGAAGAAGGAGAUGGAUCAGCUGAUCGCUAGAGGGCCACCUCCUCGGUCAGAGCGACCGUCCUCAAGUAACCGGACCUGGAGGAGGCCGCCAGCCCCCACGGCAGCGAUCACAGCAGGAGAGGGGCAAGAAGAUGGACGGUGGCACCUAGGGCGAGAUUGUGGCGACAUAGAUGAGGAGGAGAGGCAAGGUCGCCGACACCUGGGGUGUCGGUUCAUCAUGGGAGGAAACACUGGAGGAGAUUCGGUAUCCUCCCGGAAGAAGUGGAAGAACAUGGUGUACCUGGCCGAGGUACAAAGGCCACCGCUGCCUAAGCGAAAGAAGAAGGAACCUCUGAUCUUUACAGACGAGGAUUAUCCCCCAGUCCUCAGCCCUCACAAGGACGCUCUGGUGAAUAGAGUGGAGAUCAAUAAUGUGGUUGUUCACCGAACCUUGAUCGAUACGGGCAGCUCGGUCAACGUAAUGUACAACAACACCUUUAAGGAGUUGAGAUUGUCCCGAAGCGACCUGAAACCAAUCCAUACGCCGCUGUCAGGAUUUACAGGGGAUACUAUUGAAGCGGAAGGAACUAUCAUGGUAAAGGCCGGGGUAGGAGAUGGCACCCACCGACUCUGGGUCGACAUGGAAUUUAUGGUAGUACAGCUCGACUGUGCACACCAUCUGAUUCUGGGACGACCAGGGUUGGAGGACCUGGAGUGCGUAAUCUCCCCCGUCCACUUAUGCCUAAAGUUCAACACUCCCACAGGGGUGGGAGUAGCAAAGGGGAACCAGAGC